AUGCUACGGCUUAAGAGAUGGUAUAACGUUGAUAAGAUUCAAACCUCAAAGUUCAAACUUCUCCCCCAGUACAAACUAAAAUGCGGGCUCGAAAUACACACACAACUGAACACGAACAAGAAGCUAUUUUCGCAGUCUACCAAUGAUCCAUUUCAUUCACUAGAUACCCCAAAUGCACACACAUCUUAUUUCGACAUUGCUCUACCAGGCACACAACCUAUACUGAACUAUGAGGUCGUUCUUUAUGCCCUACGUUUAUCGUUAGCACUGGAUUCCAAAGUCAAUCUGCGGUCUCAAUUCGAUCGCAAGCAUUAUUUUUACGGAGAUCAGCCUAUGGGUUACCAAAUCACGCAGCACUACUCACCGUUUGCCUCUGGAGGCCACUUGACUCUUCACAAAGAUGGAGAUGGGAUAAAUGACAUUGAAAAGAAGAUCAAUCUGAUACAAUUGCAGAUUGAGCAGGAUACAGGUAAAUCCAUUUACAGGGAUAACGAAAAACAGACUCUAAUUGAUCUGAACAGAAGUAACGUGCCUCUAAUAGAGAUGGUCACACAGCCAGAUUUCACUGAUUUGAAGCAAAUAAGGGCUUUCAUUAAAAAAUAUCAAAAUUUGGUUCGUCAUCUUGAUAUAUCUACGGGUGAUUUGGAGACAGGUGCCAUGAGGGUAGAUGUGAAUCUAUCUGUUAAUGAUUUUGCCAGAGUAGAAUUGAAGAACCUGCCGAAUACAAGCUCCAUAAUGAACGCAAUAAAGUAUGAGUACCAGCGACAGGUAAAAAUUUUGGAAGCUGGUGAGGGUGAAGAAUAUUUGUCACACUCAGAGACAAGAUCUUGGAAUGGUGAGUCGACUGUGAAGCUGAGAAGUAAGGAGACUACUAUUGAUUACAGAUACAUGCCUGAUCCCGAGCUGCCCGUUAUUAGUCUAUCAGCAGAUGUUAUUGAAGGAGUCGGAAAAUCUUUGCCUCCAUCUCCUGAUGAAAUCCUAAGUCAAUUGAUGACGAAACCUUACUCUUUGUCUCUGAAGGAUGCAAGGAUUUUGACGAUCAGCGGAAACAGCCAGGAUGGCAUCUAUUCACAAGUAGAACUGCUGAAAUUUUACCUCGAUACUUUUGAUUGUUAUUCAAAAAUCGUGGAAAGGGAAGGACUCGGUGAAGUAAAGCACAAGCUGCCUACAAAUUGGAUUAUCCACGAACUUCUUGGCGAUUUGAAGAAGCUUCAAAUCCCACUUGAGAAAGCGACAGCGAUAUUAAGCCCCGAGAAAUUUGCAGAUUUCCUGACAUUUAUCCACAGUAACAAGAUAUCAAGUGCAAGUGGUAAACUGCUUCUUUUCCAUGUCCUUGAGGACUUUCAAGCUCAUGGCCUGACGAAACAAAUAAACUUUGAUGAGCUAAUCAAAGAGUACGAGUUGCAAACUAUCGAUCAAGUUAACGAAGCCGACCUCAAGAAACUAUGUCAGAAAAUCAUAGAAGCAGCUGACUCAAAGAUGAUAAAUGGUAUAGUUUCAGGCAAAAAGAGGAACUCAAUCAAGUUUUUGGUUGGGCAAGGUAUGAGGUCAUCUCAGGGAAGGAUCCAGGCUCAACAAUUUGAAGAUAUGUUCAAGGAAUUACUAUGCAGCAACAAUGAGUAG